UGCGUAAUGAACUGAGAGCAUGAAAAAAUCAAUUAUACACUAAAAAUUUAUUAUAUAUCGAAUAGAGAAUGCAAUUGUGAUCUACGUUGAUGCAUCUGUUAUAGUUGAUGUUGCUGACGUAUUAGAUAAAGUUUAGAUUUGACAACACUGGAUAUAGUACAAAUGUUAUCGCAAAUUCUGAAACAGUGUCAGUUGAGUAUGAGUCAAUACAAGAACUAUAUGCUUCACUGAGUGUGUACGCAUCGAACGUACUAAUAACGCACUUUAUCUCAGUAGUUUUUUGACAGUUUGUCCUUCUUUACAAGUUUUACAUAUAUCAACGUUUAUUCUUGGUUUACAAGUGUUAAUCAAAAACAUACAAAAUGUCUUUCUAUCCGACUCUGGAAGAUAUGAAGGUGGAUCAUAUGAUGAAAGCUCAAAUGCAAGAGGAAUCUCAAUAUAUUACUCCGCCAUCAAUUGAACCUAUGGCACCUUCUGCUCCUGUUUUUGAUUCUUCUCCAUCUGGCCCUAUAUAUCCUUCUUUAGGAAAUUAUAUGGGUUUGGAGUUAAGCAAUGAAAUAAUUUCAAAUAAUUUACCUGAACAAAUUGUUUCUACCCAAACAAAUAGGGCAGGAAUACUUGCAGAAACAUCCAGAAUAUCAUCUGGUAUGAUAGCACCACUUUCUGGACAAUCUUUGGGUCUGCAACGAGCACAAGUUACAAAUGGGAUUAGAGAGCUAACAUUAUGCAAAGAUAAAGAUAGAAAAGUGGGCCUAAGAGUACAUUCAGUAAAUAAUGGUAUCUUUGUAUGUCUUGUAAGUCAAGAUUCUCCAGCUGCACUUGCAGGAUUGCGUUUUGGUGAUCAAAUUUUAAGUAUUAAUGAUGAAUGUAUAGCUGGUUAUACAAUGGACCAAGUGCACAAACUGUUUCGUAAUGCUGAUGUUAAUGGUAUUAAAGUUGUUGUGCGUGAUAGACCAUUUGAACGUACUGUAACUAUGCACAAAGAUAGUUCUGGCAACAUGGGAUUUCAAUUUAAAAAUGGAAAAAUAAUUGCAUUAGUAAGAGAUUCUUCAGCUGCACGAAAUGGAUUAUUAAUUGAUCACCAGAUACUAGAAAUUAAUGGCAAGAAUGUGGUUGGGUUGAAGGACAAACAAAUUACAACAGAAAUAGAUAAUGGUGGAUAUGUUAUUACAGUUACUGUAAUUCCAUCAUAUAUUUAUGACCACAUGGUUAAAAAGAUGUCAACCAGUUUAUUAAAAACAUUAAUGGAUCAUUCUGUGCCAAUUGUAUAAAGAAUUACAACCUACAAAU